GGCAGCGCCGGGCGCCGGCGGCGAUGGGGCUGUGCUGAGGCUCCGCGGGUGCCCAUGAGGCGCCGGGCAGAGCUGAGCCGAGCCGCGCGGGCUCCAGCCAUGCAUCCCGGUGCGCCCGCGGGCACAUGGGGCAGCGCUUGAACCGCUGCCUCGAUGUCUCCGUUGCGUUGCCGCCGCUAAGGCGGAGGCUGCUGCUGCUCUUCAUCAUGCUCUUCCUCUGGCUCUAUAUGUUCUACUCGUGCGCCGGCUCCUGCGCCGGGCUGACGACCCGCGGUUCAGCCGCGCCGUCCCGCGCCGCCCCGCCGCUGCUGCCGGGAGAGCCGGGCGAGGAGAGCAGCCUGGAGGAGCAACGGGCAGCGCCCGACGCCGGCAGCCCCAUCUCCAGCUUCUUCAACGGCUCCGGUACCAAGCGGCUGCCGCAGGCCAUCAUCAUCGGCGUCAAGAAGGGGGGGACGCGGGCGCUGCUGGAGUUCCUGCGGGUGCACCCCGACGUGCGCGCCGUCGGUGCCGAGCCCCACUUCUUCGACCGCAACUACGAGCGGGGACUCGCCUGGUACAGGGACCUGAUGCCCAGGACGCUGGAGGGGCAGAUCACCAUGGAGAAGACGCCCAGCUACUUCGUCACCAAGGAGGCCCCGGCCCGCAUCUCCUCCAUGUGCAAGGGCACCAAGCUGAUCGUGGUGGUGCGGGACCCCGUCACCAGAGCCAUCUCGGACUACACCCAGACGCUCUCCAAGAAGCCUGACAUCCCAACCUUUGAGAGCCUGACCUUCAAAAACAGGACUACGGGCCUGAUCGACACCUCAUGGAGUGCCAUCCAGAUUGGCAUCUACGCCAAGCACCUGGAGAACUGGCUGCUCCACUUCCCCCUGGGGCAGAUCCUCUUCGUCAGCGGGGAGAGGCUGAUCAGCGACCCUGCGGGGGAGCUGGGCAGGGUCCAGGACUUUCUGGGCCUCAAGAGGAUCAUCACGGACAAACACUUCUACUUCAACAAAACCAAGGGCUUCCCGUGCCUGAAGAAGGCGGAGGGCAGCAGCAAACCCCACUGCCUGGGGAAGACGAAAGGCAGGACCCACCCUGACAUCGACCAGGAGGUGGUGCAGAGGCUGAGGGACUUCUACCGACCCUUCAACAUGAAGUUCUACCAGAUGACAGGGCAGGACUUCGGCUGGGACUGAGCCUGGCAUGGGAAAGUUCCCUGUUAUUACUUGCCCAGCACCGUUUGCUUAUAUAAAGAGAUAUAUAUGUAUGUAAAAUGUACAGAAAUCUAUUUUAUAAUAAUUUAUUUUUAAUUCCUAAGCAAUUAAUUCACUAAGCUGCCUAACCACACUGGCUAGAAUGGUAGCCUGUAAUCUGUUUAACAUUCCAUGUUGUUGAAUUCUAAUGUCUCUCCUUUGUUUUUUCGCUCUUCUUCUUUCUCUUUGGUUUCAUUUGUAACAGACAGUGCUUCCACUUUUCCUAAACAAAAUUUGUAUUUAAAAAUCAAAAGAAGGGAGGGAGGGAAAGCACAAGUUUAUUUUUGUUACGGGUAUUUGGCCUUUAUAAACACUUGCUUUCCCUA